AUGCAGGGCGACACGUCGGCGCAAAAUGUGAGCUCUCUGGGCCAGCUCCUUCGAGCCGUGGGCGGACUGACGAAGCCAAGUGGCAGAGGGCUGUUCAUGUUCCAGAGCCUUGUAGCAGGGAGCUCCUCUGCUGCGGUUAUCGGCCUUUUCGGUGCCACAUUAAUGGGAUUCUCAUUCACUGCCGGCGCAGUGGGCUUUGUGGGCGGCUCAUGCAUCGGCUUCAUUGUGGGAACAAUUGGGUAUUAUAGAACAUGUUAUCAGCAAAGUCUGAUUGCAUUCGCGAAAUACCCCGAUCUAUUACGGCAUCAUAUCUUCAUUGAUUUUGGCAUGCAUGGCGUGGACAAAGCUUCGCGUUUCUUGGGCGGAAACUUGCAGAAAACGGUGGAAGACAUCAAGGGUGACCUUGCUCUGCAAGGGAUGUUGAUAGCGGCCUGGCACUCGGCAGUCCCUGCUAUUGAGGAUAUUCAUAAUCAAGAAGAGGCCCGCCUGGUAUCUGAACGAGAAUAG